AUGACUGAUGUGAUACAACGAUUCCAAAAUAAUGUUGUGAUGUUAUUCCCUGAUACAAUAAAAGAAAUUAACAGAAGAAGUGCAGUUGAGCGUCUGGAAGAAACGAAAGCAAACUACGUUAAAACAGAAAGUGUUUUGGACUGCAAACAAAAUUUUGAGCACAGUUCGAAUCUCCAUGUCAGCACAGGGCCUCAACUAGAUGUCCUGUUGAAACGGAGAAUUAAAAGUAUAUAUGAUUGUCCCAACAUUAUUAAUUAUGUGCAGAAAAUUGAUUUGACGGAUAACAAAAAUGUACUUCCUUUUGAAAAUGAUUUCGUUCAAAAAUCUUGCAGUACCUUUGAAUCAAGAAGAAAAUCACCUGAUAUAACGGAAAAUAGUGUAUUAAAUAGAAUGAAGCUGUUUCAGCAAGACUGCUGUGAUUUAGUAGGUGCAGAAGUAGUUAAUGUGGAUAGCGUACAAGUACAGCUAAGGCCCUUUAAUACCGAGAGGCGAACGUUUUCGCAUUUACCUAAGCAUGGCACUCAUUUGAAUGAAAAUGUACAUAAUUCUCAAAUGACUUUCAAUGCCCAAAAGUUGGAUGCAGAGAAAGAUUGUAAUUACUCACACAUGCGAAAAAGGACUGAGGAGAAAAGUGAACAUUCGGAUAUCGAACAGAAUUCAUUCGUACCCUCUGAAGAUUCUUUUUCCGUUGGCGAUGACGCUAUAGAACGUGAAGAUAAGAAGCAAAGCUCGAAGACAUCAGAUUAUGUUAGCAGAAGUUCUUCAUUCAAAUGCUCUGUUUCUUCAGAUCGAAUAAAAAAUCUAGUGAAAAGUUUUGAAGCACGUAUAAACAGCAGCAAUCCUUCUCCUGUAAUUAAUUUUCCAGCAACAGAUGAGAAAAAGAAAACAGUAAGUCGUUCAAAAUCAGACGUCAACUGUCGAUUCUCAAAAACUAUCAGUGUUGCUCCAGAAUCAAAUAAUUCGAGCGAUUCUGAAUUAGAGCGAUUUUUCAAUAUGAUGGGACUUGAUAACAAUAUGUGGCAGAAUCUGACAGCUCCACCGGAAAGCCCAGUUCACUUCUUCGACAGUAUCAGCUCCUUAAACAGUGAAGACCGCCUCUCUAGUUCUGGUAGCGAAGAUUCUGCUCUUGUAGUUCAACAAACGGAAGGUCUGAAAAACAGCGAUCUCCAAAGGCAUGCUCCAACAGACACAUCGAUUAUUGAGAAAAACGCAAGAGUUGUAAAAUGGUUGUACACCUGCCACAAUGCUCUUCGAAAAAAUACAUCUUGAAAGUAGUUUUAUCAGGUAUAACAUCCUGAUUGUUUACCGUGAUGGAACACUGGUAAUAUGACCGCCUUCAAUACGCUGCUUAAUGUUGUUCUUGAUGUUUAGAAGUUUAUACUUGACCGUUAGGUACAAAGAGAGCUUUUUUCAUUACAUUACUUAGUAACUAAAAUCAAGACAUUACAGAACAGCAUGAAAGAAAAGAAAUGCUGCAAUGAUCUGUAAGGAGUUAGUUGUCUGCAAGAAGUUAUUAAAUGACAGAACUUGCAUUUUCUCUUUUGAAAUGUUGUGUAUAAAUAUAUUUAGCUUUCUUAAAAAUAAUUAUGUUUGAUUUUCAGAAUUUCUUGACAUAAGAAAUAUAUGAUAUAACAUUUGUUUGCUGAUAGCGAACAUUGUGAGGACUAAAUGGCUCAGUUUCCCUUGAAAACUUUUAAGAAUGUAAGUCUGAAAUAUAUAAUGGUGAAGAGAAAAUAUAGCUGGCAAUUGUACAUUUUAUAGAUAAAUCUGAAUUUUUUUUCUUCUUUUAAAAUGAAAUAUUUUUGCUCUGUUCUACAAUAUUUUGCUUUUAUGCCAAUUACAAAAAAUAAACUUGUCGUAUAUUCUUUAUGAAAGCUUUGUAGGAUGUUCAGAAAUUUUUAUUUUAUGAUAUAAACAUUUAGCAUUAUAAAUCAUCAUGAUAUUCCUUUGCUUCAUGUUGAUGUCUCAACUGUGUUUAAGUGCAUUUUAAAGCUUUUAAAUUUAGAAGCCUUAUGCUACUACAUUGGUGCUCUGCAAGAACUGCAGUCUUAUUGUCAAAGUUUCAAUUAUUGUGCAAUGAACGCCAUUUUAUAAAUACUCAGUAAUGAAGAGUGUAGUGAUUAAUCAUGUGAUUUCUUCUUAAAAUAUUGGGGUGAGUCAAUAAUUUUACAAUACUUACAUAAAAUGCUCGGCGGUAGCGAUAUAAUGCUUUAACUUAUUCAUUCAGUGCAAUACAUUCUGCAUUAAAGAUUAUUAUAUUGAUGGUUUAUUUGCACUAGUUUUUCAUUUCGUAGGUCUGAUUGUAGUUUGGAUAAAAUAAACGUCAAAACCGCAACAAUAAUUUUUUUUCUAUUCGAGUCUGAGUUAGAACGCAACACUGAGGACACAAACAAAGAACUGUAAUGCGAAAUAGCAAGGGUCCUGAACCAGAGCGGAACAAACAAAUGGAUCCAAAAAUUUCGAUCAACGAUGAGGUGAGAGGAACUCCUGCAAUCAGCCAAUUUUUGCCAACAGGAAGUGCACCAAGAAGUAAGAAGCAAAUACAACAACUAGCAUGAAUAUUAUCAGAUGAACUGGACACAUCCCAGAGCACAGUGGUUCUUCACUGUCCAAACAUCAAGAAACUCAAGAGAAGCUUCCGCCGUGUUCUCCAUGAAAUGACACCAGCUCAAGCAAACUGUUGUUUUGCAAGCAAUUCCUUUAAAAUCCAGCGUGAUGUAUUGUCCCCCUCAAGAAAAUGUUACAGAUGAAAAGUAGAUUUAUUUUUAUAGUUCUAACGUGCAAAAGUAAUGUUGAAUCUAGGCCAGCUUCCUAAAUCUAUUGCCAAACAUGUAAGCUACUUUGUGUCCGAUGAAAUUUCAAGAGGAUAAUAAAUGCGAAUUCAUUCCAAACAGUCGGACUAUUGACGCCACGUUAUAUACAGGCUGUAUACUGUCAGCAACUGAAAUGGAUGUAUGCUGUUUUCAAGCAGAAGUACCCAGGACAGGUGAACAGAAAAUACGCUGUUUUACUGCAGGAUAACUUCAGGCUGCUUUCCGACUCGCAGGAUAACUUCAGGCUGCUCUCCGACUCAACAAACUUAUAGAAACUUAAGGGAAUGGAACUAACGUCACAUAUAGCACGCAGUCCGGACUUUGCACUGUUGAAUUAUUAAUUGCUCUGAUCUGUCAAACAGUUGUUCAGUUGAUAAGACGAUUCAACAUUGUUAGUUCGCAUUCCGGUGAACGGCUGCUUCCAUGAAGCCGUUCACCGGAAUUCCACAAUGAAACACGAGGAAAUGCUUUUCCUCAUGUUUCAUUUGAAUACGAGCCAGUUUCCUUUACAGUGUCCUAUACGAAGGUAUCUAUUCGCUUAGGCAUUUGCCACUUGCAUGCUUUGCCGAAAUUUAUUAAACGAAACCAAUUCGAUCCAUGGCUCACAUCAUAGCGGGCUAGAAUUCAACAGCUUGGAGGAGAUAGAAUCUAAGACAGAUUUUUUUUUUUUUUUUUCCCCCGUCUGAUGGUAAGAACUUAUAACACCAUAGCAUCGAAGAUCGGUAGGAAGAUAUAGAUUUCGAUGCAACGAAAGAGCUUAAAUUUUUAAUGUUAAAAAGAUUCGUUGUAAAAUUACGGAUUAAGGGGGAAAAAAGUGACGAAAAUAUCGCAAAACUUAGACUCACCUCAAUAUUUGAAUUUCAGUAUUUUGUAAAAGUGCACUUUUCAGCUAAAGUGCUAAGAAAUAAUAUGCUUCCAUUUGUAAAUAUAUGGAAAUCACCAAAUUUUAAUUUUUCCGUUAUAUAGAUAAUCUUUCGAGCAUAUAUUUAUAAAUUAAAGCUUUCGUUUGAUAUCACAACUUUAAAUUUGUAUUAUUUCAUAAAAAUGUGUUUAGCAGUCACCUUCAUUCAGAUUAUGCAAGCAUUCUUGUGUAGUUCUCUAUGUCAUAAUAUGUGCAAUUUUGCACACAUUUCUAAAGCGCUAUUUUCAUUUGUAGUAAUUAGCAUCAUAUUCUAGUUAGUAUCCGCUACAGCUACCAUUAGAAUCCGCCUUUCAUUAAAAAAACUCUUGUUUACCGACAGGCUUGCCUUCUAUUAAAAAUGGAUUUCAUGAUUUUGAUACUUAAUACUUAUAUUCUGUUACGAUAGUGUUUAUUUGGCUUUAUGCUGCUGUAAGAGCCGUUCACACUGGGGUUUAUCUGAGCUAAUGGAGACAGCUGACGUCAUUGAGGUAGAAAGUAAGAAGGAGAGGCCCUAACCGGUUUUCCCCAUACACUGCUUUGAAGCACUGGCUAUCCCUUCGUGGUGACCAAAACAUUCAGUGACUUACAAUUAAGGGUGAGGGAUCAAUAGGUUUUGACACGAUCGGAUGUAAAUAUUUUGAAAUUACGUCGUAAAUAUUCUUUUUGUUUUUUAUUUCUUAUUGGUUUAUA